AUGGACACCUCUGUGGAUUGGGAUCCGUCUUUGAUCCUCGAUGAGAUCGACGCCAUGAGAGAGCAAUACGAUCUUCAGGUCGCGAAGGAAGAGCCCUCGCCGAAGUUUCAGUGGGAGUUCGCAUGUACCUUGGCUUGUUCACCUAGGUACAAGGACGUGCUCGAGGCCGUCGACCUCCUUGACGAGCUCGUGGAGGUGGGCUUCCGUCGGGUGGAGUGUUUACAUCAGCUCAUCUUGGCGAACCUGAAAUUGGGUCACUAUACCAAGGCCAAGGAGGCCGCCGACGUGUGGCUCCACCUGGAGCCGGAGAAUGGUGUUGCGAGAAUGCUUUACUCCGUGGUCUUAGAGAGAGCCUCACAUGACGGCUGGCUGGGCUUCUAUGGCCUCACGCUCCUCACCGCCACAGGCCUCCUGCUGGCCUGGUUUCGCAAGCGAUCGCAGUGA